AAUGGAGCGAGAAGGAGAAAAAGAAGCAAAAACUAAGGAAGAGACAGGAGGAAGAGAGAGAAGAGAGAGAGAUGGCUCAGAGAAGAACCAACGGAAGCAAACUGCUGAUGACAGUGUUGUGCGUGGUGGCAGCGUGUAGAGCCGUUCCCGUCACCGACCUCCUGGAUCGAGCCUCUCAGCGCUCUGACAGACUUCACUCCCUCAGCACGAUGCUCACCCAGGAGCUGGACUCUCAUUUCCCUCCGAUAGGCAGAGUGAUCAUGCCUCGCCCUGCCAUGUGCCACACCUCUUCUCUGCAGACGCCCAAUGACAAGGAACAAGCUCUGCAAGUGUCAGAGUCAGACCUGCUGUCUUUGGCUCGCUCCCUGCUCCGGGCCUGGGUGGACCCCCUGCUGGUCCUGUCCUCCUCUGCCAACACCCUGCCUCACCCGGCCCAGAACAGCAUCUCCAACAAGAUCCAGGAGCUGCAGGAGCACUCCAAGUCCCUGGGAGACGGCCUGAACGUACUGUCUGGGAAGAUGGGUCCAGCUGCUCAGACCAUGUCCCUGCUCCCCUACAGAGGAGGCAAUGAUCUCGGCCAGGACAAGAUCUCCAAACUGAUCAACUUCCAGUUCCUGCUGUCCUGCCUUCGCCGGGACUCCCACAAGAUUGACAGCUUCCUGAAAGUCCUGCGGUGCCGGGCGGCAAGGAUGCAGCCCGAGAUGUGCUAAGCGGUGAUUCAGCCAGCGUGGCUCUGAGGGGAGACUGCUCUGAAACCUGCGAUGUCUACCAAAUACAGAAAUACCACAUGCUAGGCGUCUUGUAGUUGCUGAACGGUGGAAAUUAUAGGUUUCAGAGGGUGAAGAUCUUGAGGGGCUGUAUGACACACAGAAAAUCAGCAAUUAUUUGGAAUUAUUUGAAAAAACCCUGUAAUUUUACAGAAAAAAACUGUACUUGGAAGGUUCAGGUUCAUGGUAAAAUUCUGUAACCUCUAAAACAGUUUGAUGCAGUUUAUCUAACAGCAAAUAAGGAGAAAAAUAUGUUUCUUAGAUUUGUUUUCUCUUUAAAAAAAAAUACAUUUCCCGACUCCCGCACAGUUUUUAAUGGAAAAAUGUCAGACUAUGUGUAACAAUACUGUAAUUUUUGCAUUUAAUUCUUGAAAAGAAUAGAGUUAUUCCAAGUGAAAUGUACAUAAUGUUGUGCUGGUAACGGAAACAUUACAUUGCUACAUUUAAAACAAGUAACAUGGCAAUUUCUGCAUUCAUUACAUUUAAAAACUACAGUUUGUUACUGGUCAAACUAAUGUACUUCUCUGUUAAUAACACAUAUAUACUUUAAUACGUCUGACAGCUUUAUCCAUAAUUUUUUUGCUGAGAAUACACAUAUUUAAAGCCAAAUACACUCCCUGUUGUGUUGAUAAAGGAAAAAUGCUGUAAUAUUUAUCUUAAGUUACACAAAAUUAUGGUAUAUAAGGUUAAAACUUUACUUUUUAACGCCAAAAUAUGGACUGAAGCUCGUUUUUUAACCCUAAAAUCAACAAUAUCAAUACAUAUCUUUACUGUAAAUGUGGAAAAUGUUUUGACAUAAUUUUGUGGUAGCCUUCUGGCGACCACAGGAAUUUUACUGUAAAAACAAAUCUUCAUUGCACAGUAGUUUUAUUGACUUAAAAUUCAAACAUGUUCCUAAAUUUCAGAUAGAGGAGCUACUGAGCCUCGCUAAUGUGAUAAAACAUCUCCUGAACUCCUCAGACGUUCCCAGCUGGUCUGGCUCUAUAAACUACAGAUUCUGUAAGAUUCACAAACUGGUAAAUCUGUGUGUAAAACCUCCUCCUUAUCUCUCCCAUCUGUUGAAGCAGUUUCCCCUCAAAGUCAAGCUGUUAAAGUGGCUUCACCGGCGCUGGCAGGACUUUUUCUUCCUAACUCAUGCUUGACUGAUGACAUACUGCAGCAUUUGCACUUUAGAUUUAAUUACACUGUCAAAAAAAAACAAAAAACAAAAAAAAAAGCAUCAUGAAUGCAGCGCCUAUUAACUGAGCUGUUUCUUAAAAAUCUAUAUCAAUAAAAAUCUCUUGCACAGUAAAA